AUGGUCCACACCAAAAAACAAUCAGUGUCUGGGACCUCAGCGGCGGACUCCCCCCGCCGAUACACGGGCCCGAUGGAUGGGUACAUGGCAUCGCAACCCGAGGCGCGAGACAUACGGCCUCCAGACAAGAUGGCGCCCGCCACACCAGAACGAGGGAACCCUGAGGUAGCUCUAUCAGACGGAGAUCCCCCCCUGCACAGAACUAGCCCAGAUCUCUCUCCCAGAAUAUUGUCAAAGACAGAUACAGGCAAACUGGCACAGGAAAUACGCGCAGCCCUCCGGGAAGAACUGGGCACGGACCUGGCCUCACUUGAGGGCAGGAUGGAUGAAGUGGAGGCAGCGGCGCACGAAAGCACACAGCAACAUCAAGCCACAGAAGUAGCAGUUACCCGCCAAGGCACCCUCUUACUGACCCUCAGGAGGCAGGUGGAGGACUUACAGAACCGCAGCAGGCGCAAUAAUAUCCGCGUGAGAGGCCUACCUGAAGCGGACGCUGCCCCACUCGCCACCACCCUUGAAGCGCUGUUCAGACAGGUACUGGGAGCUGAUGCACCACCGGAGCUCCACCUCAUGAAUGCACAUAGAGCGCUGGGCCCACCACGACAGGAUGGGAGCCCAAAAGAUGUAAUUUGUUGCCUGCGAGAUGGAGACCUGAACGAGCAGAUCAUGAAUGCCGCCAGGGGGAAGAUGACAAUCAGAUUCCGAGACGCCGACAUAUCCCUGUUCCAGGAUCUGUCCCCACUGACUUUGGACGCCAGGAGAGCUCUGCGCCCAGUCACGAGCACACUCUGGGAAAAAAUAAUUAUUUACCACUGGGGCUUCCCCUUUAGCUUACAGGCCAAACAAGGCAACACCUGGGUGACAGCACGCUGGCCAGAAGAUAUUCCUGGCUUCCUGAGAGCUCUACACCUGCCAGCACUUAGGAUCAGGAACUGGAUCACUAAAGAGGUGCUAGCAGCGAGACAAGACCCACUGGCACCUCUUCACACUAGCGGGACCAUCCCGCAGCAAGGCCGCUGGGGAGGCCCGGCGGGCGCGGAGUAA